CCGAGCGCUGUGAUUGGCUGGUGCGGCGGCGAGUCGGGGCGGACGCGGCGGCAGCGGGAGCCGGGCCAGGGAUGUGGGCGAGGCCGAGGCCCAGGCCCCAGGUGUGUGAGUUAGGCCUCGGCUGCGGAGCCCGGGCCUCGGCUGGAGCGGCGCUGCCCCGGGCCGGGCCCCGGCCAUGGCCCACGAGAGGAUGGAGCUGGAGCUGCCCGACCCGCCGGCCCCGAGCGACGGCGGCCUGCGGCGCUCCAACAGCGCGCCGAUGAUCAGCGGCCUGAGGGGACGAGCCAAGUGGAUCACCUGCCAGUGGGAGAACAUAUGAGGAGCACUGAUCAUAAGUGACAACUCUCAGAUUUUUCAACCAGAUGCUCUGCGCAACCGGAGGAACAGCACCACGGUGAUGAACAGACAUAGUCAGAUUGUCCCUUCAUCACCAGUUCGUAUCCCUAGCAGCCGGCUGCAUCAGAUCAAACAGGAAGAAGGAAUGGAUCUCAUGAACAGAGAGACAGCUCACGAGAGGGGAGUGCAGGCAGCAAUGCAGAUGAGUGUUUCAUGGGAAGAAAGCUUGAACCUGAGUGACAAUGACCUGGAUAAAUCUGCCUCACCAAAGCGCAUUGACUUCAUUCCAGUCUCACCAGCUCCUUCACCAACCAGAGGCAUCGGCAAGCAAUGCUUCUCACCUUCCCUGCAGAUUUUUGUCAGUAGUAAUGGGCUCCCUCCAAGUCCAAACCCCAGCCCGACACGCAGGUUUGCCACUAGGAGAAGUCAGAGCCCCAUCAACUGCAUCAGGCCCAGUGUGCUGGGGCCUUUGAAACGAAAAGGUGAGAUGGAUGCUGAAAGCCAACCAAAGCGACUUUUCCAGGGAACUGCUACCAUGCUGCCAUCUGAUACUUCCCAUUCACCAGAACACGGCUCCUGUCCGGUGCAGAGUGGCGAAAUGUUCCUCAGUCUCUCCACAGACUGUCUGGAUGACAACAUCAGCAAUGGUAACUCAGGCCAAGAUUCACUGGCAAAGUCCAGUGCAGUGAGAGUGACUCCAGUGGCAACAUCCGAUUCCUGCUUGACUUUCACUACAGAUCCUGAACGUUCACCAAAGUGACAUUGUGUUUCCUGAUGGAACGUUUGAAUCAGAGAGUUUGGGGAGAGAACGCAUCUGUAGUAAUAUGGUGUCACAUGUGCAGUGCCAUUAAUAUGUCAUUGUGUAGCGGGGUCUCCAUGUAAAGAACUGAUUGUAGGAAUUCUGAGAAAUAUUUUCUCCUUUUUUAAGUUUUUUUUUCUCCCUGAAGUUGCUCAUUUACUUUUUACUUCAGAACUUAGGAUCAGAGAGACUGAAAGGUCUCUCCAAAGUCCAGCCAGAAUUGUAUAUUCUGACGUAACAUUCACAGGGUGGAUUCUAAGUACAACACCAGGUUGCUGUCUUUUCAUUUGCUUGCAACCUCUCUUUUUUUAUGAAUAGCACUAAAUGUAAAGGGUUUUGACUUGAAUUUAUUUUUAAGCCAUUGUUGACUAGAUUUCUGUGCUUUUCUUAAAUGAGCACAGUUGUUAAGGGCAGGAGUUGCAGCCUUUAUAUAUUUACAGUGGUGGGAGGGUUGGGAGUGGGAAUUGAAGGCAUCUGAGUUCCAUUUGUUCUUUUGUACAGACCUGGUUACUUUAGUUGUGUUUCUCUAUUGAAUGUUGCAAAAGCACCUUUUGCAGAGAGUCAGGCACCUCCUGUGUAUUCUGGCUCCUGCGGAGUGUUCAUAGCUGCCCUAUUAACAAAGAUGUGCAUAGUGUAACAUACCAGAGGUGAGACAUGAUCAGCCUAAUUUAAUAUUGUGCUUCACAGCUAUCCAAGCCACCAGUAAUCCAUAUUACUUGGUAUGUGUAUAAUUCACAGAUCCUUUAAACAGUUUACAUGCUUCUGGUGACAUAAAUUAUUAGUUUAUUGAGCUACUAUAUGUGGGUUCACCAUAAAAAUGAUUUAAAGCAA